AUGAGAGCCGGGGCAAGGGGCCUAAGUGCUACAAAGUUUUGCGGUGAGUUUGGCCACAUUGCUCAAAAGUGCAGCAAGCCGGAUAGGCGGGAGCACAAGACGGAGCAAAGGAAGGGAGAGAAACCUUCCAAGGGAGUGGCCUUUGACGUGGUUGAGAGAGUAGCUGCCAACGAGUGGCUCGUCGAUGCGGAAAACGAGCGGGGGGGCGCCGCCCCGAGGGAGGACGCGUGCUUCGUCGUGAGAAAGCCGGAAACGGCCGAGCUCUGGCACCGACGGAUGGGGCACGCCGGGUAUGAAAACUUGGCAAAGAUGGUACAAGACAACCUCGUUGAGGUUGUCGGCGUGAAACCCGGUGUGUUCAGGGCGCUCAAACUCGGCGCCGCCCCCUACACGGCCGAGCAGAACGGGUCGGCAGAGCGGCUCUAUCGGCAACUUGAGGAGAAGGUCCGGGCGAUGCUCGAAGACUCGGGGCUGCCCAAAGAGAUGUGGGCAGGGGCCGUUGUGACGGCCAACUACACCCGGAACCGGACCCCAGUGAGCGCACAUGGGAGGACCCGGUGGGAGGCGCUCUACGGCAAGAAGCCCAACGUGGGGCACAUGCGGGUGUUCUGGGCCCGAGCCGACAGGCACGUUCCGAAGCACAGGCGUCGGAAAUUGGAUCCAGUAAGCGAGCGGUGUGUGUUCGUGGGGUGUGAGCCGUCCGGACUCCAAGGCGUACAGAGUGCUCUAGGAGAGCGACGGGAGGAUCAUGAUCUCCCGGGACGUCAUCUUUGA